GACAGAACGAAAACGACGACAGUAGUAAAAUGGCGAAGGUAAACGUUGAGAGUCUCCGACUUCGACCUAAUACUUCUGAUGAAAAUUACACGAUUUUAAGAGAGGUCCAAAUUCGAAAAGAGGUGGACACAAGGAAACAGGACGAGCUCAACGUUCUUUUCGAUUGCAUCAAUGCAGAAUGCGCUUCGAGGUCGUUAAAGGAGAAGAGAAAAGCAUUAACUUCAUCCGAAAAGCAAGAUAAAAGUAUAAAAGCAGUUCAUUAUGGGCCUGUGCCUGGAUUUCGAUCGGGUAAAUGGUGGGGUAUUCGAAUGGACUGUUCUAGAGACUAUAUACAUGAACCCUUUAACGAAGACAUUCAUGACGGUCCUUUUGGAGCUGUAUCCAUCUGCACCUCACAUUUAAAUACUCAUAAUGAUGUAGAUCUAGGGGAUAUCCUAACUUUUACAAGCCAGAAAUACAGUAAAAUAGAACAGUCCAAAGACUCUUUGAUAUUGAGUUAUAAAAAUAGAGUUCCCAUAAGACUUGUAAGAAGCUAUUGUCUCUCAAACAGUUAUGCACCAAAAACUGGCUACAGGUAUGAUGGAUUAUACACAGUUGUAGAUCACUGGAUAGGAAUUUCUUCCGAUACAACAAAAUACAAUAAAUUUGUCCUUAUUCGAGUGUUUGAGCAAGAGCGUCCAUCUUGGGUUGAAAAGACACCAUCAAAAGUUUUAAAAAUAAAAAAAUCCAUUACACCAAGACUGACAAGAAGUAAUGUUAAUAUUAAUCAUUGCGAACCAAAGACUACAAAAUUUGUGUAUAAUAAUGUUCAAAAAGAGUCAAAAGUAAGUAACGUCAGUGCAAUAGUAUCGAGACAAGUUUUCAAAAAGUUUAUUCCAGACUCACCCGAUAGUUCUCCAAAGUCUGUUUCUAGUACAGAUUCUGCUGGACAAAGUUCCUGUCCUAGUACCUGUCCAGCAAAAUUGUGCAAUACAAAUCUGUCAAUACGUACAAACUUGUAUGACUCUUCACAUAAAUUACAGGAAGUGAAAAAAGGUACUUCUAUGACAUUUUGUAGAAUUUUAAAAUCCAAUCAAUCGAUACAGCCUAUGCAAAAAAAUCUUCAAACAGAAACUGAGAAAAUGAACAUAGAAUUACCAGAGAUAGAAGUGGCAGACAAAAUUAAAAUAAUUAAUAAUUCAAUGGAUGAUAAAUGUGCAGAAAGAAAAAUUAAAAAAGUAACUUGGGCAGAUUCUUGCAUUUCUACUUCUAAUAGUAUUGAAAAAUCUCUUCCAACAACUGGAAAUGGCUUUCAGUAUAGUGGCUCUGGUGUCGUCGAUGGAUUUAGCCCAACAUCACCAAAACAAUGUAUUUUAGCUUGCAAUAAUAUAACAGAACAUUUAUCCAUAAAAAAUUCUAAAUCAAAUAACGUAUUAAGUCCCAGUACAAAAAAUCAUCGACACAUCGUUCAAAUUCAUUCCAAAUUAAAUACUCCGCAGACUUCAAAGGCCAGUUUUUCUACAAUAUGCGAAUCGUUUCAUGAGACUGAAAGGCUUAAUGAUAGUUCAUCGAGCAUCGAUACACUAGCACCUGAUGAAUUAGUAAAUGUAAUAGUUAAAGAAAAAUAUCACCCAAUGGCCAAAUUAUUAAUAGGAAAUAUGAUUGGUUUGGAGAAUCAAGAAUCUGCAAUUUUAAGUGCAUAUAAUACUUUAACUUCAAAGGUCGAUCAAGAUGACACUAUUAAGUCCAAGGAAAAUAAAAUACGCAACAAAUUUUAUAUUAGAAAUAAAUCAAAGAAAAACGGAGUCAUUCAGAAGCAAAGACGAGAAAUCACCAAUUUAAUAAUCGAUGCCAAAUUCAAUCCAAUAACGCGGGGAUUAAGAAGUCGUAGACUUCGUUCGCUCAAAAAACGCAUAUCCAAGUCUGAGUUAUCUCAACGAAAGCUCAUAAAUGCUCAAAGGAUACAAGCACGAAAUACAAUUGUUAAUAAAGAAAUUUCAAACACAAUCAGAGAAUUGGAGCCAAAGAAGAUUGAAAAGAGAAAAAUAGAAGAAAUUAUAACUAAGAAGCAAUCAAAAAUGGUUAGUACAUGGACACAGUGUACGUUACUUUCAGCACCAUCGGUGGAUCAAUCUAUACAAAUUGGUGAUUCAUAUAUCGAAACUUCUAUAUCAGAAUCAGAUAUAAAAGUUGAAUUAGUGGAUUUAGAUGAUAUAAAAUCAGAGCCAUGCGAUGCAGAAUCAGGCUCUGAAGAAAUUCCAUCAGAACCUGUUAUGAGUCGCACCGAAAAAAGUUAUUUCAGUGGCUCCGCUUUUGCUGCAGUAGACACAAUCAAUAGCAGUAUUCGAAUAACGAGAUUGAGAUCCAUUGGUUUUAGACCCAUAGGAACUUAUUCUCCUUUAGAGGAUGAAGAUUGGAAUGAAGACUCUUCCAGACCUGACGUCAAUGAAGAAUACAAUAAAUACACUAGCGAAGAGAACAAUGUAGUAGGCUACAUGGAUGAACAGCUUCACUUUGAAGACAUCGAGGAAGAAGAAACGAUAGACACUGCAGAAGAACAAGUGAUUGUAGAUAAAGCAUAUGAAAAACAAUUAAUCAGAGAAUCUUCGCAACAAGUUAUCGAAAGCUUGUCAGAGCACGAUUUCGAUAAACCUUGGCAUGGCUGGAGGAAAAUAUCUAUCAAUGGACAGAUAUAUUGGACUGGAUAUUGAUUUUUUAUUUGACUUGAGCAAAAUUUUACGUUUGUUUAUUCUAAACAGCGUCUUACUCCACGUUCUGUAUAAUUUUUGUUACUCUAAAAAAGAUACGAU